CCGCAAACUGGUCACCGAUUGACAAUGCUUCCUGUGGUCUUGGUAGACCGUGAGUGGCCUAGAGGGUAGUGUUUCUGUUAUGUAAUUCUAUGAUCCAACAUGUUGAAAUAGUCGUUGGUUUUGGGUUUGUUUCCCCUUGAUCUAUCGCUGAUUUCCGUGCUCUAUCCGUUUUGUGACAACAUAAAGUAAUACCGUAAUCGUUUGUGACAUAUGAUUUGAUUUUAAACCCAAGAUUGUAUCUCUCUUAAAGAAAUGCUUCGCCUUUGUCAACAAGCAAUCGUUGUGUCUCCUAAACGCUAUCCUAGCUUAAUGGCUUACAGAGCAUUAGGAAGCGCUGGGCAGAUUUCCCCUGGACCUGUAGGUUUGUACAGAUCCUAUCUCGACCAAAAGCUGCUAGUGCCGGACGAGUAUCAGAGGCGCGCCGUGAAUGAGUUGCAGGGACUUUAUCACAGGAUUGUCGAGUACGGGACUGCUACACAAAACACCAGCAAAGGUGAUCCUCCCCCUGUGGUGCCCAAGGGGCUCUACCUGUAUGGUGGGGUUGGCAGUGGAAAAACCAUCCUCAUGGACAUGUUCUAUGAUACGGUGCCAAUCAAAAGCAAGAGGCGGGUCCACUUUUACUCUUUCAUGCUGCAACUGUACUCUGAGAUCAACCGCUGGAACCUCUGCUUCCCUGAAGAUGAAAGUACAUUUGAUGUAACACCAAUUCAAGAUAUAGCAAGCAGGCUUAUUAAUGACAACAAGCUUCUUUGUUUUGAUGAGAUGCAAGUCACUGACUAUGGCUCUGUUCGACUUCUUGAGGGCAUUUUUUGCAGCAUGUUUGACCAAGGUGUUAUUGUGGUAGCAACUUCAAAUCGUUCACCAUCAGACCUUGGGGCUUCAUCAUUUGGUCGGGAAACUGAAGCUGAGGAAACAGCAUCAUCGCUUACUCGGUUAUUGGUUAGAUACUGUGAUAAGUUUGAAAUGAACUCUGGAAUGGACUACAGGACAGUGCAGAGGCCCGGAAAAAAAACAUAUUACCAUCCUAUUAAUAGUGACACUGACGCAAUACUGAAUUCUGCAUUCUGUGAUGUUGUUGGGGCAGGUACAAAACUCACAAGGACUUCCCUCCAGGUGUAUGGUCGUAAUGUAGUAGUACCGGUGGCCUCACAAAAUGGUGUGGCACGGUUCUCAUUUGAUGAGCUCUGUAGAUCACCCCUAGGCCCAGCUGAUUACAUAACCAUCUGUAACAACUACCACACAGUAUUCCUGGAAAACAUCCCUCAGAUGAAUAUCUACCAGAAAAAUGAAGCAAGGCGAUUACUUAGCUUCAUUGAUGCUGUGUAUGAGAGUCGUGUCAAGUUGUAUUGUACUGCAGCCAGUGCCCCAGAAGACCUCUUCCAGCUUAUUCCAAGGAACUCCCAAGAGGACCCCGAUAAGAUGCAUUUAGAGAUGAUAGGAGAAUUAGCAUAUGACCUUCAACUGAGCAAGCUGGAUCUGGCAUCCCUAGGAAUUCUUACUGGAGAAGAAGAGAUUUUCUCAUUCAAGCGAUGUAUAUCACGUCUGAAUGAGAUGCAAAGUGAGAUUUACCAGCAAUCCAAGCAUCGUGCACAAAGCUUUUCUCCAUACAUCGGCACAAGCACAGAACAAGUAGAGUCAGAGGGACGUCGACGCGUGCGUGAAAACAAGCGACAAACACGUCUGUUGGAGAAGCAAGCGAAUGAUCAACAAGACGAGAUGCCACUCACACCACUAACACAGUCUACAGACUGGGGAGAUGAGGCUAGUUACUUGGCCUGGAGCAAUGAUAUAAUGCGCAAGGAGCUGCGUGACCGUGAACUGGCUGAGCAAGUGAAACGAGAGCAAGUUAUCAAAAGGCGUCAGCCAAAGUUUGGAGAACAGCACUUUUGGGGGUUUGGCUGGUGGGAAAAAAUUAUGGGUAGGGAAAGAAAGAAUAGACCACGUCCAUAGUUUGGUAGUUUGGCUGGUGGGGAAAAAACGUAGGGAUAUGGACAGAAAGAAUAAACCAUGUCCAUGGUUUGUGAGUUGGGCUUGAGGGACAAAAAGCAUUGCAUUUUUCUUGUCUUUUCAAUGAAAGGUGAAACUUUUUAAAUAACUAAAUAUUAUUGUGCUGUUGCCCACAUCAAGAGUUGCCGAGGUAGUAAGGUUCCUGUCCAAACCUUGGAUGUCUUUCAGCUUGGCAGUAGCUUAGGAGGAUUUGUUUAGACUUUAAUUCAGAUGAUGUUGUUUAUCUUAUAGCCAUUGCAGGCCUAAAAUUAUUAGGGGGGGGGGAGGAUACAGUAACAUUGGGGGCACAGCCAUGCCUCCACUGGUCAUUUUCUUAUAAUUUUUGAAAAUAUCGGGGGGGGGGGGGGCAGUGCCCCCAGUGCCCCUCCCCUGCUAUGACCCUGUACCUCAUUACUUGCUCUAUGUGUGAAGCAAACAAUAUAUAGGCCCACGUAGAGAUGUGAAAGUUCUUUUUUGUAUAGCGCACACUCUUUUAGAACAUGUGUGUUGUAAUGUUUUUGUGUCUCGUGCCACUAUUCUGAUGUAAAUAAGCUUGUAACGAUUCACCUACUUCAGUCUACCCUGGAGAAGUCUCAUUAAAGAUGAAACUAUUUGGCUAUUUAUAUUGAUUAAUAUAAAUAACCAACACAUCUA